AUGAGGAAACACGUCAUCAUGACGCUGCUGGACACGGAGCAGUCCUACGUGGAGUCCUUGCGCACCUUGAUGCAGGGUUACAUGAAGCCGCUGAAGCAGCCGGAGAACUCGCUGCUGUGCGACCCAUCGCUGGUGGAUGAGAUCUUCGACCAAAUCCCCGAGCUGCUGGAGCACCACGAGCAGUUCCUGGAGCAGAUCCACGACUGCGUGCAGAACUGGCAUGAGAAGCAGAAAGUGGGCGACCUCCUCGUGCAGUCGUUCUCCAAGGACGUGCUGGUGAACAUCUACUCUGCCUACAUCGAUAACUUCCUCAACGCCAAGGAUGCCGUCAGGAUCGCCAAGGAAGCCCGGCCGGCGUUCAUGAAGUUCUUGGAGCAAAGCAUGCGGGAGAACAAGGAGAAGCAGGCUCUGUCUGACCUGAUGAUCAAGCCGGUGCAGAGGAUCCCACGAUACGAGCUGCUGGUGAAGGACCUGCUGAAGCACACACCGGAGGACCACCCCGACCACCCUUUCCUCAUCGACGCCCAGCGCAACAUCAAGCAAGUGGCCGAGAGGAUCAACAAGGGCAUGAAGAGCGCAGAGGAGGUGGAGAGGAACGCCCGAAUCGUGCAGGAGAUUGAGUCCCACAUCGAAGGGAUGGAGGAUCUCCAGGCCCCACUCCGCAGAUUCCUGCGCCAGGAGAUGGUCGUGGAAGUGAAGGCGGUGGGUGGGAAGAAGGACCGCUCCUUCUUCCUCUUCACGGACCUGCUGGUGUGCACCACGUUGAAGCGCAAGUCGGGCUCCCUCCGCCGCAGCUCCAUGAGCCUGUACACGGCGGCCAGCGUGAUCGACACUGCCAGCAAGUACAAACUGCUCUGGAAGCUGCCGCUGGAGGACGUGGACAUCGUCAAAGGUGCCUCGCAAGCCACCAACCGGGAGAGCAUCCAGAAAAGCAUCUGCCGUCUGGAUGAAGACCUCAGCACGUUGGGGCAAGUCAGCAAGCUGUCGGAGACCCUCAGCUUCCCUCACCAGAGCCUGGAUGACGUGAUCAAGGACUUGAUGGCCGCCAUCCACCGGGAGCUGGCGGAGAAGCAAUCCCUGUCCUUCAGCAUGGCCUUCCCCCCCAACAAGGUGGAGCUCAGCACCACCAAAGCUGAUGGCACCGAGUCCUUCAUCUUUGAGUUCCCCAACCCUGAUGCCCGGCUCAGCUUUGAGCAAGCCUUCGAGGACGCCAAAAAAAAGCUGGCUUCCAGCAAAAACUGCCUGGAUCCAGAGUUCCUCAAGGCCAUCCCCAUCAUGAAGACGCGGAGCGGGAUGCAGUUUUCUUGUGCUUCUCCCAGCCACGGCAGCCCAGAAAGCUCCCACGAGGUUUGGGUUUGCAACAGCGAUGGUUACGUGGGGCAGGUUUGUUUGCUCAGCAUCCGUAAGGAGCCCACGGUGGAGGCGUGCAUCGCCGUCUGCUCCGCCAGAAUCCUCUGCAUCGCCUCCGUGCCCGGUCUCAAGCGGGCCUGCUUCUUUCCCCCCUCCCUUCGUCGCGGCAGGGAGCGUGCCGAGAUGGUGGUGGCUGAGGCCGCCGCGCUGGAGGAGGCGGGGCCGCAGCCGUGCCUGCACAUCUCCAUCUCGGGUUCGUCGCUGGAGCUCUCGGAGCCGGUCGACGGCGGCAACAGGGAGCUGGUGCCCUUCGAUAGCGAUGACACGGAUGACGAGUCCUCGCCCAGUCCCUCGGGGACACUGCAGAGCCAAGCCAGCCACUCCACCAUCUCCUCCAGUUUCGGCAAUGAAGAGAUCCCAAGCUGCAAGGAGGCAACGGCGGAGACGACGAGCUCAGAGGAAGAGCAAGAACCCGGCUUCAUGCCCAUCUCUGGCACCUACGGCCAAAACCGGCACGGCGAGAGCCCCACGGAUGGGCGAGCCCUGCGCCGCUCCAGCCGCGGCUCCUUCACCCGGGGCAGCCUCGAGGACCUCCUCAGCCUUGACCCCGAAGCCCAUCAGAGCUCCAUGUGGCUGGGCACCGAGGAUGGCUGCAUCCACGUGUACCAGUCCUCGGACAACAUCCGUAACAGGAAGAACAGCAUGAAGAUGCAACACGCCGCUGCUGUCAUGUGCAUCUUGUACCUGGAUAACCAGGUUUUCGUGUCGUUGGCCAACGGGGAGCUUGUCGCGUACCAACGGGAGGCAGGCCGCUUCUGGGACCCCCAAAACUCCAAGUCCCUGUCCCUGGGCUCGCCGGGGAGCCCCAUCACCAAGAUGGUGGCAGUGGCGGGGGGGCACACGCUCCAGGUGGGACAGGACGGCGGGCGCAGCGUCACCUGCAUGGUGAGCACGGGGACCGGCGUGUGGGUCGCAUUGCAGAGCAGCGCCCAGGUCCGGCUUUACCACGCCACCAGCUACGAGCAGUUGGCCGAAGCAGAUAUCACCCCCCCGGUACAUAAAAUGCUCGCCGAUACCCCCAGGAACGGAGAGCGGUGGCAUCGGCGGGGGGUUCACAGCCCCGUGGCGGGCAGGGGUCACUCCGGCCACGUCCGCUUCCUCACCGCCAUCAAGCUGCCUGACGGCUUUGAUGUCCUCUUCCCGUUGCCGAGGGAGAUGG